GGUAGGGACACAAGCUUGGGAGAUCCAGAAUAUUCUCGCCUCGUGGCCGCCGUCGUGAGAACGCUCUCUCCCGAUCUCCGAUGGAAAGCGGCACGGUAGCACCAACGUGGUCGCGCAUUAUCCGAUUUCGCAGUCUUAGUGCCUACGACCAACCCCGAACAUUGAGGAGGCCAAUAUAAACACGGCCGACAGUGUUCCGGAGGCACGGGACCGUGUGUCGUUAUCGAGGAUGCGUCCAACGACAGUAAAACGACGAUAAUAUUCAUAACAUAUGAUCCCAAUGUAUCCCCACUAUCGGGUGACAACAAGGUAAACAUUAGACAGAAUUAGUAAGAGAAAACAGUGAGUAUCACCCUAGCGUCUUACUUCUCCACGUUGCGUAAAACAAAACAGCGGGAUAUCGUCGUGCGCGCCAAGAGAAGACAGAGGUGUGAUAUACGCAGAAGAGAGGAGUAAGGAGAGUGUUGAGCCAUAUGCCGCCAGCCGGGCUAUCGGCAAGAGGCUUGUCUACCUUGAUGGACCACGGACAACCAGAUGCUCGUCAUCGGAGCGAGCGUUUCCUACUCUACUCAGAGAAUGGCUCCUCACAUCCGCAUAGUCCCAACACGGCCAACUCAUCGCCACGGUAUCAGUACAACAGCAGAACCAAUAGUCAUACCACUAGUUACGGGUCCAUAUAUGGACGUACAUCUAGCAACAAUAUGUCUGAUAGCAGCGUUUCUGACACGCAUAGUGGCGGAACUGCUAGAACUGUCUCUCAACAAACUAGUCCAUCCCACGGCACACAUUCCUCUUCUCAGUCGCGGCAGGACAACAGCAUCACUAUUUUCACAGCCCUCUUUGAUUAUGUCGCUCAGGGUGAAGACGAAUUAUCCCUGCAGAGAGGAGAAACUGUUGAGGUUUUAUCGAAGGACGCCAAAAUCUCGGGUGACGAAGGAUGGUGGACUGGAAAAAUUCGUGGAAAAGUGGGAAUUUUUCCGGCAAAUUUUGUCGCAGAGGCAGAAAGCAUCGACCGAGUUUCGUCGGUGAUCGAUAAAGUCCAACCGAUUGAGAUCGACUUCGAGGAGUUGCAAUUGGAAGAAGUUAUAGGUGUCGGAGGAUUUGGAAAAGUAUACAGGGGCUUUUGGAAAAAACGCGAAGUUGCUGUGAAGGCUGCACGCCAAGAUGCAGGCGAGGAACCUAGUGCAACAUUAGAAAACGUACGACAAGAAGCAAAACUAUUCUGGUUGUUAAAACAUGAAAAUAUUGUGCAAUUGGAAGGAGUGUGUUUAAAGAUGCCCAAUAUGUGUCUUGUGAUGGAGUAUGCGCGUGGCGGCAGUCUUAACAGAGUUCUCAGCGGCAGGAAAAUAAGACCCGAUGUGUUAGUCGAUUGGGCGAUACAGAUUGCGAGAGGAAUGGAUUAUCUUCAUAAUAAAGCUCCAAUAAGUCUUAUUCACAGGGAUCUAAAAAGUUCUAACGUAUUACUAAGUGAACCGAUUGAAAAUGACGACUUCCAAUACAAAACUCUAAAGAUCACGGACUUCGGUUUGGCGAGGGAAGUUUACAAAACGACUCGUAUGUCUGCGGCGGGCACAUAUGCCUGGAUGGCGCCGGAAGUUAUUAAAAAGAGUACUUUUAGCAAAGCCAGUGAUGUAUGGAGCUAUGGCGUGUUACUGUGGGAACUUUUGACUGGGGAAACGCCGUAUAAGGGUAUCGAUGCUUUGGCUGUAGCAUAUGGUGUCGCCGUCAAUAAACUAACUCUACCUAUUCCAUCUACCUGUCCUCAACCAUGGAGUCUUCUUAUGGAAGCAUGUUGGGCAUCGGAUAGUCAUGCUCGACCGGGAUUCACGGAUAUUUUAAUCGCUUUGGACGAAGUGCGCAGUGCAUUCGCGGCAACGCCACAUGAAUCUUUUCACACAAUGCAAGAAGAUUGGAGGCAAGAGAUUGAACAAGUUCUGCAUGGAUUGCGCAUGAAGGAAAAGGAGCUGCGCUGUAGAGAAGAGGAACUGACAAAAGCACAGGUGCAACAGAGACAGCACGAGGAAAAUUUGAGACAGCGAGAACAGGAAUUAGCUGCGCGCGAGAUAGCUAUCUUAGAGAGAGAGCUCACCGUGAUGAUCAUUCAACAGCAAAACACGCCUACGCCAAACAAGAGACGCGGCAAAUUUAAGAAGUCGCGAUUAAAAUUAAAUAAAAAGGAACCUGGGAGCAACAUUAGUGCUCCUUCGGAUUUUCGUCACACGAUCACCGUUCAGGACACGGCCUUAGAUCGAGGUAAAGUGAGGAAUCCAUCGAGACCGAAUAGUCCACCUGGAUCACCUAGCAUUCCGAGGCUCAGAGCGAUCGCAUUACCGGCGGACGGAGUUAAGGGUAAGACAUGGGGACCGUCGACGCUACAUCAACGUGAGCGCGGGGCUAUUAUCACUCAGCCGCCGAAUCCCGCCUCUCCUGGCGGCAAACGCUGGUCCCGUUCCGCGCCAGAUCUCGAAAAGACACCUCUGCGUACAGCCCUGUUGGCGAGCGCGCAUCGCUCCCCGCUUCUGCAGGAAAUAGAUUAUACAGCAUUACCGCCCGAUCUAUCGACCGACUGGAUAACGUCGGAAUAUCCUCUGAAGCCAGGACUGACCGGGCCCUACAUCAUGCCGAUGCCUGUUCCCAUGCCCACCCUCUACAAUGGCGAAAUGAAGAAACCAAAGCUAAGCAUAGUCGAGCUGGUAUUGUACAACAUCGCGGCGAUGCUGGCUGGCGUGGCCACCGGCUACGACGUGAGAAUGUCGAAUAUUUCCCCGAUACAUCCGCGGCUGUAUCCACGGCUGAGCGAAUGCGACGAGGAUCCUCCGAGGUGGUGGUUUCAAGCGGACACCGGAUCGAAUCGCAACUCCUAUCUCGGUGCCGAUUACGAGUUCAGCUCGAGCAGCGGCUACCCGCACAACACUUAUCAUGGACGGGCACACCAUUACAGGCCGUUCCUGAGUAACAUGGGUGGGAUAGCGCCUGGCCUUCCAUCCACGGCGGUGCCAGACAAGCCACUGCGUUUCACGGAUUCCCCGCAGCACUACACGAGCAGUACAACAGCCUCCAACGCCCCGACACCUAGCCCGAGAAGAAAGAGCAGCAGCAGCACCAGCAACGAGGAUGCAUACGACACGACCCGUGUCGACCGUAUGGAGAGAGUGCCGACGAUAUACAUGGGCAAUGUCGCUCCAUUCCCCGAUUACGGGCCGCCGAUGUACACCGUCGUAUCACCAGAAUACUAUCGGCCUUCCGAACCGUAUUUCAUACCUACAGAGUAUCACGACCGGAUGCUCGAGUGCCCCGAAUUCCCGCACGCGUACGACAAUCCGAGCAGCAUGAACAGCCCGGCCAGACCGGUGUCCAGACUUCUGCCCUACACACAUCAUCGUACCUCUUCGAAUGUCUCAAACGCCAGCACGUCAAGCCAGAGCAAUGUCAACCCAACGUUCCGGCUGGAGGACGAGGACGACUACAGUGUAUUACCGAUGCUGUAUUACCAGCGACCCUCAAACGUUAUUUCUAACUUGGCGACGACGUAUGGCGCGAGCGUACUCAAUCACGAGUAUGGCUCACCGCUAUUGACUCGUCAGAACUCUCACGACUCUAAUUCAAAUUCCGGCGAGCGGCCAAGUAAUCUGGAAGUAGUCACGCGGCUACGCUCAAGCCUGAAACGAUCAAGUUACAAUCCAUAUAAUUCGCCAAGCAAAAGCGUGAGCAAAAACAACUCCGGUUCGGGCACACCGACGAAUCCGACGCCACCGGAUUCACUCACUUCCGAGGAUUCAAGCUACGUCUCCGCCAAGGACAGCCAGAUCAGCCGAGUGCGCUUCUCGCCAGUUACAUUCGAUCGCGAUGGUGUGUCGGGACGCGACAUCCAUAGAGAAACGCUACUGGACAUCCCGGUUCACGGUCAGAGCCAGGACAUCACAGUGCCGUUGCAGGCCAAUCGGCGCCUUAAUCGAAGCAGAAAGCCGAGCAUUUCGGAGCUUGAGAGGGAGUUUUUAUCAUAGCACUGGCUUAUUUAAGCACAACCCCUUCUCCCCCUCAUAGAACC